AUGACAAAUAACUUUGAAAGAGUUAUUGGUGAAGGAGGGUUUGGGGUUGUCUAUCAUGGUUAUUUGAAUGAUACCGAGCAAGUGGCUGUUAAAGUCCUCUCUCCGACAUCAUCUCAAGGCUAUAAGCAAUUCAAAGCAGAGGUUGAGCUCCUUCUUAGAGUUCACCACAUCAAUUUGGUAAGCCUUGUUGGAUAUUGUGAUGAGCAAGCACACUUGGCCCUCAUCUACGAAUACAUGCCUAACGGAGACUUAAAAGCGCAUCUCUCAGGGAAAUAUGGGGACUGUGUUUUAAACUGGGCAAACAGACUAAGGAUAGCUGUCGAGACCGCCCUAGGAUUGGAGUACCUGCAUAGUGGAUGUAAACCACUAAUGGUUCACAGAGAUGUUAAAAGCAUGAAUAUACUCUUGGAUGAGCACUUUCAAGCUAAACUAGCGGAUUUUGGUCUUUCUAGAUCUUUUUCUGUUGGAGAUGAAACUCAUGUGUCGACGGGUGUUGUAGGCACUCUUGGAUACUUAGAUCCUGAUUAUUACAAAACAUAUCACUUGACCGAAAAGAGUGAUGUUUAUAGCUUUGGGAUCGUGUUAUUAGAGAUCAUCACAAAUCAACCAGUGAUUGAGAAAGCUAAUGAAAAUCCUCAUAUCGCAGAACGUGUAAGAACUAUGCUUACAAGUGGCGACAUUAGAGCAAUCGUGGAUCCCGGCCUCAUUGAUGAAUAUGAUUCUGGUUCUGUGUUGAAAGCUCUUGAACUCGCGAUGUCGUGUGUGAAUCCUUCUCCGGUCUCAAGACCAGACAUGUCACAUGUCGUUCAGGAGCUUAAAGAGUGCAUGAAGUCUGAAAGCUUGAGGGCAGGAUUAAGCCAAGUCAUGGAGUCCAAGAGUUCUUUGGACCAAGACACGAGUUUUGGUUCGGGAAUGACUCUAAACGCACGGUAG